AUGUCGCUCGUUACUGAGAUCCCUGCCGGUCCCUCCUGCGGAGAGAAGAACAAUGAAUCUGCUGCGGUGCUUGACGAUGUCAACUUACUCGGCAAGGGCAGCCCUGGUGUUCGUCGCAUUGAAGUGAUCACGUCGCAUUUCCGAAUGUUCGAUCGAGUCUGCCUCUUCAUUGCUAUUUUCCUGAUUGCUUAUGUUUACGGUUUGGAUGGAACAGUUCGCUACACAUACCAGGCUUAUGCCACUCAGAGCUAUGGUCAACACAGUUUGCUUGCUACCAUCAAUGUCUUGCGAGCCGUCAUCGCUGCUGCCGCCCAGCCUACCGCGGCAAAAGUUGCCGAUGUCUUCGGUAGAGCAGAGCUUAUCGUUGUGUCGAUCAUCUUCUAUACUGUGGGCACUGUUGUUGAAACCUGCGCGAAGAACGUGUCUGCCUUCGCCGCGGGCGCUGUGAUAUAUCAGAUUGGAUAUACCAGUAUCAUGCUUCUAGUCGAGGUCCUGAUCGCUGACGUUACAUCGUCUCGCUCUCGUCUCCUAUUUUCCUACGUCCCGGCCCUGCCUUUCAUCAUCAACACCUGGAUCAGUGGUAACUUAACAGAGGCCGUUCUUAAGGUUACUACAUGGCAGUGGGGAAUCGGGAUGUUCGCCAUCAUCUACCCUAUGUGUGCUCUGCCUCUGCUAACGGUCCUCUUCGUGGUCCAGCGACGUUCAACGAAAGCCGGGGUGCUCGAGUCCUACAAGAGCUCUUUUGAGCUGCUGGGAGAAAAGCAGAUGGUAGUGGAGCUCUUUUGGCAUUUAGACGUUGUCGGUAUCAUUUUGAUGAUUGUCAUGCUGGCUUGUAUCCUUGUGCCAUUUACCCUUGCUGGAGGCGUGACUGCACAGUGGAAGACUGCUAAGGUGAUUGCGCCACUCGUUAUUGGUUUCUUGUUGAUUCCUGUCUGGGUUUACCGGGAGAGAACAUGCAAGUACCCUAUGGUGCCUUUCAAACUUCUUCAAGACCGUGCUGUCUGGGGUGCUCUUGGAAUCCCUAUUAUGCUCAACACUGCGUGGCACCUGCAAGGAGACUUCCUCUACACAGUCCUCUAUGUCAGCUUCGAUGAAUCAAUUCUCAGUGCGACUCGUAUCACAUCUCUUUACAGCUUUGUGUCCGUCAUCACCGGUGUUAUCCUUGGCUUCAUCGUCAUGAGGGUUCGCCAGUUGAAGCCGUUCAUCGUGGCCGGAACACUCCUAUUCAUGGUUGCCUUCGGAAUUCUGAUUUACUACCGAGGUGGCGCUUCAAGCUCUAGUCAAUCUGGCGUUAUCGGUGCACAAGUCCUGCUGGGUAUUGCCGGUGGAAUGUUCCCCUACCCAGCGCAAGCCAGUAUCCAGGUUGCUUCCAAGCAUGAACAUCUCGCUGUGAUUACCGGUCUCUACCUCGCCACCUAUAACAUCGGCAGCGCACUAGGCAACACAAUCUCCGGCGCAAUCUGGAACCAAGUCCUGCCCGGCGAACUCAUUCGCAGACUCGGCAAUGAGACACUGGCCGCCUAUGUCUACGCUAAACCGCUCGUAUUCGCGGCCGAAGCCCCUGUUGGCACGCCUGAUCGGGAUAACGUUAUUCUUGCCUACCAACACACUCAGCGUCUGCUGUGUAUCACUGGCAUUUGUCUCACGGUGCCUUUGAUUGCCUUCGCUCUGGUUAUUCGUAACCCGACACUUACCAAGGAGCAGACUUUGGCGAAGGCGGAAGCUGAGAGCAGCGAUUCUGAGUACUCUCCUUGA